UUCUCAUCAUGGCGGCUAACAAGCCAUCAUGAAGACGAACCCCCCCACAUCGCAUCACAGACUUUCUUUUCUCUUGUUUUUUCCUUUUUACUUUCCCACUCCUCUCGCUGAAUGACUAGCGUUCAGUGUCAACCGCCGCCUCCUGUCCUGACCACCAGGCACCCUGCACUGCACGCCCAAGUUUCCUCUUGUUCCCCUGCCCAGACUGCACGCCUCCUGUCCUGACCAUGCCUCUGAGGCCAGUUCAUGGCUUUGCGUCUCUUCUUGUCAUCUUCGCCUGCCACUGCCAUGGGGGAGGAAGCGAGCAGGGAGCGGACGUGGCGGCAGAGCGGCUGGAGCGCGACGUGACGUCGCCCCUGGCCACGGUCCCGGUGGUGGACCCGACGGCGGCGGCGGCGGCGACGACGACGCAGUCGCCGGCCACCGGCGGGAGCUGGUGCGUGGCGAGCCCCAGCGCGAGCGCGACGGCGCUGCGGGUGGCGCUGGACUACGCGUGCGGGCAGGGCGGCGCGGACUGCUCCGCGAUCCAGCAGGGCGGGAGCUGCUUCAGCCCGGACACCGUCCGCGACCACGCGUCCUACGCCUUCAACAGCUACUACCAGAAGAACCCCGUGCAGACCAGCUGCGACUUUGGCGGCACCGCCGCCCUCACCACCGCAGACCCAAGUAAGCUCUCCUCCACACGUCGAGGUCGAGACCAUCAAGGCACUUCGACGUGCCAGUAUCCAUCAACGAGCACCGGCGCUUCGGUCCUGAACACGUCGACUCCGCUGACGCCAACGAACGGGUCUCCGCCCGGCCCCGGGUACGGGAGCUCUCCGCCGGCCGGAUACGCCAACUCUCCUCCGCUGUACGGGAACAUGUCGCCGCCGGACUACGGCGACAACAUCAGCGCCGCAGCGAGGGCGCUGCCCGGCCGCAAGACGACGGCGACGGCGGCCGUCGCGUCGCUGGCGACGACGUGCCUACUGACCGCGGCACUGUCACUGACGGUGAGCGGCUGAACCUGCACACGCACGCAACAAUAGCUCCAAGCCGCCGCCGCCGCACGUUCAGGUGCCGACCGUGAUGUCCUGGAAGGCCAUGAAGGUGGAGACGAGACAAACAUGUGCCGGUGCAGCAGAGACUACAGAGGAUACGUGCGUGUACAGUACAGGCAGUGGCGGAUCUGGAGAGCAGGAUGGUGAUGGAGACCAGUGACGCCGUGUCACUGUCAGUCACUCUGUCAGUAGUGUUGCCUGCCCUUUGUAAUGUUUAGCAAAUGUGUACAGAUAGACUCGUAUACACGGCGACGGUUAUGAUCUUUGGUAUCCCCUCGGCCCCUCCAACUCUAAACUCUAUCUCUUAAAUUAAAAAAAAACAAGCCAUGAUUUGAGAGCUUUUACUGGUGUAAAAAUUGCCCUUUUACAAGAUAGGGAUGGACACUUAUUAAAUAGUGGUUUGAUUUUUCUAA